AUGCCUGGUGCCAACUGUGUGUUUUCGAACUGUGGAACAAACAGACGAGAAAAAUAUGAUGGAGUUGGAAUAUUUCGAAUCUCACAACGAAAAUCUCCAUUAUAUUCUGCUUGGCGCGAAGACGUUAUCAGUAUUAUCAAGAAGUAUCGAAUGGACGAUGAAACCUUUAAGCGACAAAUCGAGGCCUGCAAUAUCAGUAUAUGCGAAAGGCACUAUAAACAAGACGAUAUUGAAUUUACAAGUAAGCUAAUCCACGUAUUAUAUUACAGUAACUAAUAAGGUUUCAACACUCAAACAAUAUACUCAAAAUACCUUAAAGGUGUGAAGUGUCAUAUCACAGAUACAGGUCACAUGCGUGUCAAAUCACCACUAAACUUUUUUGGCUCCCAAGGAUAUAAAACUAGUACAUAUGCUGUAGCUUCAUUAUUAAUUCAGUUCAAUACGAAAUUUAUAAAACACUUUUCCAGCAUUGUCAAAAUAGCCUUUUUAUGGAUCAUGAAGGUCAUCAUGUUGAGUGUCUUUCACAUAUCUUACAGAUAAAAGUUGAUUUUUUAUUAUUUAUUCUUCCAGGUAAAGGAAGAAAAGCAUUGGUAGUAGGUGCUCUUCCAACUAUUAAUCUGCCUGCAAGAUCACAUCAAGCAAAGCUAGCUCCAGCAAGACGACCUCUUACUAUUGUUAAUCAGAAUGCUCAAAAUACCACAGCAAGGAUUGUUAUAAGAAUUUUAAGGAGUUAUGUGAAAGAACUAAGAAAUUAA